AAUCUUAUUUUUAAAUAAAUAAUGGGAAAGAAGGAAACAAAAGAUAAAAAGCCUGCUUAAUUCAAAAAGAUCUAUGAGUUGUUAUCAAAAUACUCCCAAGUGAUUAUAGUUGGAUUAGCUAAUGUUGGAUCCAAAUAAGUUUAAGACAUUAGAAGAAUUUUGGCAAAGAGAAAUGCACUUCUAGUCAUUGGAAAGAAUACAUUGUUUAAGAAAGUUUUGGCAACAAGAGUGUAAGAUUUACCAGAAGGCCAUGAAUAUUAUGAAGAUUUGAAGAAAUUCGGAGCUGCAAUUAAAGAAUUAGAUGUCCUAAAGAAUUAAGUUGCUGGCAAAGUAGGAUUCGUAUUCACCGAUACACCUGUAUUCGAUCUUAAAUCUGUCAUUGAAGAAAAUAAGGUUGAAACACCAGCCAGAGUAGGAGCUGUUGCUCCAAUUGAUGUUGUUAUUCCUCCUGGUCCCACUGGUAUGGAUCCAGCUUCAAUUCAAUUCUUCCACGCAUUACAAAUACCAACCAAAAUUGAAAAAGGAUAAAUCUAAAUCACCAAAGACUUUGUGGUUUUGAAAACAGGAUAAAAAGUAGGUUAAUCAUAAGCUGUUUUAUUAUAAAAAUUGGGAAAGAAACCAUUUUUAUAUGGUAUGGAAGUAUUGGCUUGUUAUGAUAAUGGAUCUAUUUUGAAUAAAUAAUAAGUAUCCGUUAAUUUGAAUGAUGUUCUUGCUAAAUUCUAAAAGAAUGUGACAAACAUUUCUGCAAUCUCAUUGGCUAAUGGUUGGGUGAAUGAGUCUUCAGCUCCACAUUUGUUGGCUAAUGCUUUCAAGGAUUUGGCUGCUAUUGGAUUGCAAUCAGGAUUUAUUUUUGAUCAAAUUAAACAAUCCAAUGCUCCAGCUACAACCAAGGCUCCAGUUGCUGCAAAGGUUGAGGAUAAACCAGCUUAAUAAGCUCCAGCAAAGGCGGAAGAACCUGAAGAAGAUGUUGAUAUGGGUGGCUUAUUCGAUUGAUAAAGUAUAGUAUAAAUAAUAAUAUAAAAUAAAAUGAGUUUAUUAGAGAAA